ACGGAGGAGGCGGAGGAGGAGGGGCUGGAGGGUUUGGUUGAGCUGCAGCUGUUUGUCUGUUCGACACAGGCUUGGGCCCGACGGGGGAGACGGAGCCUCAGGACUGUUGAGGCCUGGAAGUCCCCUCCCCUUCCCCCUUCCCCCCUUUGCCGCCUUGUGGCACCCCCUUCCCUCCUCUACCCUUUCCCAGUCAUUAUCUGGCCAUGACGAGCAGAAGCACGGCCCGGCCCAAUGGGCAACCCCAGGCCAGCAAGAUAUGCCAGUUCAAAUUGGUCUUGCUGGGAGAAUCUGCAGUGGGAAAGUCUAGCUUGGUAUUACGUUUUGUCAAAGGUCAGUUCCACGAAUACCAGGAGAGUACCAUUGGAGCGGCCUUCCUUACCCAGUCCGUUUGUCUAGACGAUACGACAGUCAAGUUUGAGAUCUGGGACACAGCUGGGCAGGAACGAUACCACAGUUUAGCCCCCAUGUACUACAGGGGUGCCCAGGCUGCAAUUGUGGUUUAUGAUAUUACUAAUCAGGAAACCUUUGCGCGAGCGAAGACAUGGGUGAAAGAACUGCAGCGGCAAGCCAGUCCCAGCAUUGUCAUUGCCCUGGCCGGGAACAAAGCUGACCUGGCCAACAAGCGCAUGGUGGAAUAUGAGGAGGCCCAAGCAUAUGCAGAUGACAACAGCUUAUUGUUUAUGGAGACUUCAGCCAAGACAGCCAUGAACGUGAAUGAUCUCUUUCUGGCAAUAGCUAAGAAGUUGCCAAAGAGUGAACCCCAGAAUCUGGGGGGUGCAGCAGGCCGAAGCCGAGGUGUGGAUCUCCAUGAGCAGUCCCAGCAGAACAAGAGCCAGUGUUGUAGCAACUGAGGGGAUGGCUAGCAGCAAACAAGUAUGGAGCUAGCACGAGAGCUAAGACAUAACCUCCAUCCCCACCCCUCAGCACACAGCCCCUACGGUAACAGCACACUGAGCCCUGGCUCCCAAGGGCUGCCUCCUGCCAGCUCCGUCAUGGCACUUUUUAACGCUUCAGCAACCAACACCAGGCAGCUGUUGCCACUGGCCUCCUACCCUCCUCGGGGCCUUGGGGGUCGAAUUUCCCCAGGACUUACCUUCCAAAACAAACUUUCUUCACUUUGUAUUAUAGGUGCAAGACAGUGACCUACUUAUCUGUCCUCUUCCUCCCCUGUGUUCUUCCCCAUUUUUUCAGAAAACAUUUUUGUCUCCUGCCCCUCCUCCUUUCUGCUUUUGGUCCAUCCUUGUUCAUGAUCCUCUUUUCCUCCCCUCCUAGGAUGGAGAAGGUGGUGAACCCAGAAACUGAGAAGGGAGGUUACUAGUUUAGUAGAUUAUGGGUCCUGGGGAAAAAUAAGGCUCAGAAGGAGGAGGGAAAGUUCCUCUUUGUUUUCAUUUGGUUGGAGUUUCUCAUAUUUGAAAACACUGCAGUAUCCGUGAGUUGGCCUUGUGGAGGGUUUUCCUAGGGAGAGGUGAGAAUUGGGAGGCAAGCUCUCAGGAACUGUGUGGGAGUCAUGUUAGCUGGCUGAACAGAGGCAGAGGUGCAGGCUCAUCUGUGGCUCUGGAACUCUUGCAAAGCCCAGUUUUCCUCACCCAUCCUCUUAGGUAGCUUCUCCCCUAGAGUGGGGAUUGGAGCCUGGAGUCCUCCAAAGAAUCUUCACUGGUUGCCUGCACCUUUGGCUUUGCUGUGAUCUAAUUGGAGGAGGGGCCGGUUUCUGAUACCCAUCCUCUGAUUAUACAUAUGCAUUCCCCUCAUCCCUGGCCUUUAGGGGGCCUCAGCCCCACCCUCCAUAUCCCCCUGCAGUUUGCACUUUAAUUGAUGGUAGUUCAGUCAGGAUACUUGUUUUAUGGGGGUCCUGAUUGAUUUACCUGCCCUCUCACCUUUUUAAUUAAGUAGAAUCUGAGGUAUAAAAUUGGGGAUGGAGGCUACAGAGAACAGCUCCAGUGGCAGCUACUCAAGCACAGACUCCACUGCUAGCUUCCUUCUCCAAGUCUAAUUCUUAACCUUUUUCUUGCCAACCUCACUCUUACAUAUAGGUUUGCCUUUCUGGAGAAUUAACUGAGCAACAGAGGUGUGGCCUUUAUAGCAUAGGCCAAGGUAGGGGAGUAAAGAGAAAUCAGACAAAAGAGAGUUUUCUGGCCCCAGGGUUCACAUUCAAUUGCUGUUCAUUACCAUACUUUUUUACUUCCCUGUAAAUAGGUAUAAUCUUUAUUCUCACUGUACAGCCUGUUCUACCCCCUACCUCCCAUCGGGCACUAUUUCUUUUCUCCCUUGUUAGUAUCUUGACUGUAGUUCUUCCAUCUUUAUCCCCAUACCUAUAUCCUCCCAUGCAACCAGCGUAUCAACUAGAAGCUAGUACCAAGCGGCCUGACUUUGGCUCCCUCACAUCAUAUCACCUGUUGCUGUAACAGAAAGUGACUGGCACUGAGGGUCCUUCACAACUGACUCAUGUCAUCGGAGGACCGUGGUCCUUCUAAAAUCUCUAGCUCUCUUCACAUCUCUUAUCAGGUGUUUUAGGAUGUCUGUGGGAAACCAUCAAGGCAAGAGAGAAGUCUAAAUUCCUUCUUGUUCCAGCCCAGAGUUUUGAGGAAGACAAACAGGAAAGGUCACAGUAAUGUAGGAUUGGAACCUUUCUGCUCUUUGGCUUGCAGGCUCCUGUCCCAGAGGAGCUGAGAAAUCCAUAUGAGACUGGGAUUGUAAAGGACCCAGCUUAGGUUCUUCCACUUGGGCCACAAUUCCCUUCCUUUUCCAGGGGCAGCCUUAGUUCCCAUGGCCCUGAAACAACACACAUUUUCCCUUCUUUUCCCAGAACCCACUAUCCCUCCCCCAAAGCACCCGGUGCAUCCUUCUUACAAGUGGAAGAA